UCACUGUGUCUCGCUCACUCCCUCCUCUCCUCUCAUACUCCUCUCCUCACUCGGGCAGCCUCAUCCUCUGUUCCAGGAUGACGGGCCCUCUCAGCAGCGCAGCGUUCCUGAUCAGCAUCUUCAUCUUUCUGAGCGCCGUGUCGGGCUUACCCUGCAAGCCGGUGAACAAUGGCGGUCAGCAACGAGUCUCCUGGAGCCGUGACGAAUUUGCCGGCGGGCGCCGUUUCCGCAGGGACCUACGCGACUCCCUGCCCCCCCUCCCAUACGAGGCCGAGAUGAUGGCGUACCCGCCUCCCUCCUCCUCCGACUCCCAGCAGCAGCUCCGCAACGACGUCUACUACCAGCCGGGGGAGGGGGGCUGGAGGGGACGAGGGCAGCAGGACGACCGGAGGCGGGGCCAGGCCCUGCAGCAGCUGGUGGAGGACGGUCGAAGGAGGGACCAGGAGGCUGUCUAUCUGGCCGGCUUGCUCCGGCUCCUGACCGCCGAGGCGGGGCCCGGGGGCUACCCCGGGGCCCAGGAGAGGCCCCCCAAAGCCGGGGAGGCGGGCUUGGCCCCGGGCGGCGACUUCCAGGGCCCCUUCCUGCCCGAUUACGACGACACCAGCAUGGUGAAGCCCCAGAGAGCGUGGCAGAACCUCCAGAACCUCCAGAACCUGAUGGAGCCCCAGCUUGCCCAGGCGCUGAUGAACCGAUACAGGCAGGAGAAGCUCUAUGAGGCCGGUCUCUCCCCCCCGCCAGCCUCCAGACUCGAGCUUCAAGAGGCAGCAGCCGAGGCAGAGGGGGAGGCGGACGAGGAAGUGUUGAGGUACCUGGUGGGACGGAUCCUGUCCAGUAUGGGGAGCGAGGGGGGGCAGCAGUCGGAGGGCCACUCAGGGCUCAGACGCUCCCGCCGGUCCCUGGACGAGGGAGCGAGCAGCCCCGACGAGGAGAACCUGCUGCGGGUGAAGCGGCUGGAUGAGGCGGGGAUGAGAGAUGCGAUUCAGGGGCUGCAGCGCAUAAAGGGGGUCGAUACCGAACCACAGCAACAACAGGCGGAGAAGCAAGUGAGGAAACGCCGCUACGCUGCGUACGACCCGGACGAGCUGGCAGAAAGGAUCUUGAAAUAUCUGCCGGAUUAAACGUAUUUUUAAUGAUAAAUAAUAAUAAUACUAAUCCUCCUAAUUAAGAAUUACAUUUGCAUUAAACUUACUUGUAGGUAAAACCUGUAAAAUGACCACUGCAGUUAUUGUAAAAUGAUGGGUCAAAAAUAUAUUUUAGAAAAAGGUUUUGUUUCGUUUUUUUCGCGUUUACAAAAUGUAACCUUUUUUUUUUUCCCUUCAUGUUUUUCAAAUGUUGAGAAAUCAAUUAUUUACGACCCGUGACGGGAGAUUUAAAAAUGCCUUCAACGUGGUUAAAAUAUUUAACGCUUCGACACUGACGUGUUUACAAUUCAGUAUCGAAGCGUUAAAUAUUUUAACAACGUUGAAGGCAUUUUUAAUCCCACGUCACGGGUCGUCAUAGAUUUCUCAACAUUAAAAAAAAUAAUUAUAAAAAUAUAUAUUUUUUAAAUAGGUGUUGAUAGCUGAGAGUUUAAACAUUUUAGUAUAAAUACGAAUUUUACGACUGUAAAUCGCCCUGGAUAAGGGCGUCUGCUAAGAAAUAAAUAAUAAUAAUAAUUAAAUAAUAAUAAUAAUAAUCGAAAAACUAUUAUUUCUGACUUGUCAUGCACACCGUUUAAUAAAAAAGGGACAAACCUUUGUUCUUAUUUCAUUACAUUUAUUUUUUAACACAGGUUUUUACCUCUACUGUAAGUACUGAGAAAUAUUGAGAAACUCUAAUUCUAUCUAAAAAAAAAAACGUUUAAAAAAAUAAAAUAAAAU